AUGUGGUUGACUGUCAGCGAUGGCAGGCAUAGUCAUCGUCCGGCUUUGUUUCCUCACGGACAAGGUACGACUAGUCGUAUAACUCCACAACAGAAAGCAAGAAUUAAAGAAUUGCGAAAUUCUCACGUGAAGCCAAUGUUGAUCAUGGAUAGACUGAGGAAAGAUGAUCCGACGAUACAAACCUCUAUGAAGCAUGUUUACAAUGAGUUGGCCAAGAUUAAAUCUGAGGAAAUGGAGGGCAUGACUGUUAUUCAGUUUAUGAUGCAUAACUUUCAAAAAGGCGAGUAUCGAUAUUGGCAUCGCGUCGAUAGUGAAACGAGCAACACGAUUACAGAUAUUAUGUUUGCAUGUCCCGAAUUUAUUAAGUUAUUACGGUUGUUCCCGUAUGUUAUAUUGAUGGACUGCACAUACAAAACCAAUAAGUAUGGAAUGCCUCUUUUGGAAAUAAUUGGGAUAACUCCAGUUGGGAGAAAUUUUACAAUUGCUGUUGCAUUUAUGUCGCAUGAAGAUGCAGACACCUACGAGUGGACUUUGAAUUGUUUGAAAGAGUUGAUAGAUGGUGUCGAACCUGAUGCGAUCUUGACAGACAGAGAGUUGGGUCUUUUGAAAGCACUGCCAAAUGUCUUCCCAUUUUCGUAUCAUAUGUUGUGUAUAUUCCAUAUAAACAGAAAUGUUGAGGCAAAUGCGACGAAAUUUAUGAGAGGCAACAAGGACCAAGGUCUAAUAUUCCGACGUGUGUUGUGGGCUAAACUGGUGAAAUCAGAAACCGAAGAAGAGUAUCAUUACAAUUACAAUGAAAUUGUUGGACGGUAUGCAGGGUAUCCUAGGCUGAUACAAUAUUUGAAUGAUACGUGGUUGAUAUACAAGGAGAAGUUUGUUCGAGCCUAUACUCGCAAUAUGUAUCAUUUUGGCAACACGAGCACCAACAGGGUGGAGAGUGCUCAUUCUUCAGCGAAGGGUUGGUUAAAUGCUUCGACCGGAGGUCUGGAUAGCGUGCAAGGCAAACUUCGGGACCAAGUUUAUAUCCAAAUUAGUGAGCUGAAGUGCGAUUUUUCAUUAUCAUCCAAGAUAAGGAAGCAUACUGCAGCAUGGCCGUGUUUUCAGGGUUUGAUUUGUUAUGUUACGCAUCUGGCAUUAGAGAAAUUGGAUGAAGAGAUGGAGUCCCCGGCGAUGCAAGAUCCGAGUAUUUGA